UCAGCUCAAGGUUAUAUUUUACUAUAGCAAUCGUCACGGUAGACUACGGCAGUUUACGCACAAGCUAGUAUUCUCCAAAUAAACUAAGCUCAGCUGAGGAUGUGGCUAAUAAACACCGGAAAUCAUCAGCUAGAGUUCGUCAAUGAGCCGGAAGAAUACACAUAUGCAAUACUGUCACACACCUGGGAGGAUGAUGAGGUAUCUUUCCAAGAUUUUCAAAUCCCUGGGAAGGUAUACAAGGAGAAUGGGUUCGGUAAGAUAGUACGCACAUGUCAACUUGCUGCCAGUCGCGGCUUGCGAUAUGCUUGGAUCGAUACCUGCUGCAUCGAUAAGUCUAGCAGUGCCGAGUUGUCCGAAGCAAUCAACUCCAUGUUCAAAUGGUAUAUGAAAUCUGCCGUUUGUUUCGUGUUUCUCUCCGACCUCCCAUCCGAGUCAUCGUUUGAGGAUCACUUCCCGCAUUGCAGAUGGUUGACUCGAGGUUGGACUCUCCAGGAGAUAGUUGCCCCUAGAGUGGCGGAGUUUUACGAUGCCAAAUGGGAGCUCAGGGGUCGUAAACCCGAGUUAAACACCUUCCUCGCUAGUGUCACCAGGAUCGACUAUGCAGUCUUGUGUGAUAGCCAAGCCAUGUUUAACGUUCCCGUAGCAAGACGCAUGUCCUGGGCAUCGAUGAGGGAGACAACCAGGGUUGAGAAUAAGGCUUAUUGUCUACUGGGAAUAUUUGGUGUCAGUAUGCCGAUGUUAUAUGGUGAAGGUCCUAAGGCUUUUAUGCGAUUGCAGGAGGAGAUCGCAAAAGAGAGUAGCGACUUAUCGUUAUUUGCGUGGACAUGUCCACCGCCGAGUAUAGGCUCGGAAAGCUUGAUUCAGCAGAGCUAUCGAGGUAUCUUUGCUAGGUCUCCCAAGGAAUUUGCUCACGCUCAGCACUUAAAACCAAGGAUCAAAGAUGCCAUCAUUGACACGGAGUUUGCUAUAACGAACAAAGGUCUUCGGAUUGAGACUGCUCUCAUCCGUGUUCUUGAUGCCACUGACGAUCUCGUCUGGGACUUGGGUGUUUCGGAAAGGGAUGAUUGGCCUAAAGAUAGGGCUGAUGGAUGGAUAGGAGUGUAUCUAGCCAAGACGGCCAAUGGCUAUGUCCGCUCAAAGCCGCACUCUCUCUUCAGGGCAGAACCUCAAAUGGGGCGGUAUCGCGGUGCUAGCUCUCUCGUUUAUAUCCGUAAAGAUCUUCGCACUUCCGAGUCAGAAAUAGUUCACAAUCGAUUUCGAGGAGCCAUCUACGCCAACUUUUCAAAAGCUCCCUGUAAGAUUCUCGCAGCUGCUCCUCAACAACUCUGGGACUAUAACAGGAAUAUUUUCCUUAGCCAAGGGCAGGGAAUCAACGCAUAUUUAUUGCUGCAAUAUGGCAACACGGAAAAUUACACUUCAGGUACCCAUUUUAUUGUCGCAUUUUCUACUAUGGACGAGCCCAUCUGUUAUAUAUUUUCCAGCCAACACCCAAUGUUCAAGAGAGCAUAUCAGUUUAUGAAAACAGCAAAAGAAAUUACCCACUACGUCUCCGCGGAUUAUCUAAGAGUGAAAUUUCUAUCUGGGAGAGCGCCAGCGCAGUCCUCGCCCGCUCUUUGUAGCAUCAGACAACCACAGUCGAAUUCAGUAAUCAUUUUCCAAGCUGAACUAAAACCACACAUCUUCCAAAAUCAGGCAUGUUUCAGCUUAGAGCUCGUCUUAGAGCAGGUUGCUGUUGAUAAUCCUGUUAACACGCAGGGUAUUAGCAGUAUGAAUCUAUGUUAGAGACGAUUCGGAAUAUCUUGCUAACACAUACCUACUUCACCUCUAUUCAACUUCUCGGAUGCCUGUCCUUAGAAAAUAUGGAAGAACAAGUAUUCUGACAAUCAGAAAAUAAUCGAUUCAGGAAAAGGGGGUGCAGCGGGGAAGGGAGUGGACGGAUCACGUGACUGUUUACCAGGUGUU